AUGAUUUUCUCGGAGCUAAGGGAAUCCAGAAUGGGUUACAUGAACUCGUUGCGAGCUUCUGAGGACUCGAAACUUUACGUUGCCAGAUCGCUCUCUCACGACAGCGAAAGAACAAGAACAAUCGAUAGAAACCCUCCACAGGACGCUUUUCAAAAUCCAGAGCCACCACAAAACCUAGCCUUUCUCGAAAACGAAGAUCAAAUUGAGCAAGACCAGAAUUUGCGCUUGGAAAGCGAUACAACCGACGUAGAAACUAUUGGCGUCAUUUCUGUGAAUGGUAGCGUCAUACAUUACUCUUUAGGUCCUUCUGCAGCUGACCUACAGCAACAAAUCUUCACACCAACUGUGAUUGGUGAUAAUGGCAGGCUGACUUUGAGGUUGCUGAACGUUUAUUUGGCGCUAUUCAUUACUGACACCAGCUUUGCUCAAGAUUUGGAACACACCGAAUCUGCUGAUGAGUGGAUCAGAAAGAAAGCCUCGCCACAAAUUUUGAUUAACGACAUCACCGGCUCCGUGGGGAAGCUCGUGGAUGUGAUUGGAUUUGUGGAUCAGAUCAUACAGACGUUAUCGAGUUUCCUAUGCAAUGACGCUUUUCAAGAAAAAUGCCAUGUCGAAGCCUGGGGAAUAGAGGACAUUUCCACAUUCGAGCGCCAGAUUUCUUCCAUUUUGAGAUCCUUCAUCUUGGAGUACGCACCACAAGCCAAGCUGUCAGCGAUGUGCCCUCAAUUCGAAAAAUCUGUAUCGCUUCUCAAAAGCUUGGGUACCGAAACCUGCUAUUGGAAACAGACUAGAACAUCUAAUAGUCAUGAAGUUGACGACGAGCCAGACUGGAUCAUGGACAAAAUGCGGAAACUCAGGUGUGUGCCACCAACCAUUGUGGAAUCAUUGAAUUUCGAUGUUGCAAUGCCUGCCAACGCAACACCAUAUGCGAGGAGUCGCAAAGGUGAGAUAGAGCUUUUGGAAAUCUUCACUUCUCUUUACGCCAUUUUUUUGACGGAGAUCAAAAAGCUUUUCCAAUCUGUCCUUUCUGUCUCGCGAACAACAGGAAUUCUCCGCAACUUGGACAUCUCUUUAUUGGUCGAAAGCCUCGAAGGAUUCUUGCGUAACUCCUUCAUUAGUGGCACUUCUCAGUUGCUUGUCGAUCUCGAUAAACUGGUUCUAGUCUGGGCUCAGGAUAAUGAAUUUUUCAAAGAGAACACGAAGGCAUGGGCAUCUCGGUUUAUCGCCAACUGGAAUACUGACAAAAACACAGGCGGCUUAGGCAGCACUGCGACGGUUAGCACAACAAACAGCUGUGAAGCCACGAGUCCCGAGUUUGACCUUGUACGGCUGUUUAUCAAUGAAGUCCUUGACAUUUGCGCACUUGGUACAUGUCGAAGGUCGGAACCCUUGGAGACGCUGACAAUGCGAGAGAAGGCACCAACUAGCGGGCUGGGAUGGCUAACGAUCUUCCAAGAAGGUGAUGAUGGCGAGCAAGCCCAUGAAGAUCACGCGAAUGCCAUUACCUGUGAGAUCAACUCAUCAGAAGAUGAAGUGACGGACGAGUUUCGACAGUUGCAGGCACUAUACGGCGGGGAGUUUUCCAUGAUGGAAGACGAAACCACUAUGAACGUUAUUCCGGAAUCCGAACAUUUCUGGUCCCGCCACAAAACACAUCACCACAAGCCAGGUCAGUUCCGGAAUUGGAUCAAACGGGGUCUCCGCCCCCAAGAUGUGGUUCAGAAACAUCGUAUCGUGGAAAAAUGUCACCGUGCCAAGGAAAAACUGAAAGGUUUUGCACAUAAGGUGUCACACAAAGAGCAGGGGCCCACACUUCUGAGCGCUUGGCACAAGACCGCUGCCAAUCAACAUGCCCCUGCCUCCACGAGACCCGCUUAUUGCUUCGAAGAAGCUUUUGACAGAACCACGUAUGGUGCGACUUUCCAUGAACAGCAGAUUCCACGUCGUUACGAAAACCUAAGACGCAAGAAAGACCGAUUCAUGUUCUUAUUCUUUGGCGAAGAAAAGUGA